AUGGAGGGCGCGCACCUCUACGCCCACACCCAUGGCCACCACCACCACCGGAGCAAGCGCCCCACGCCGCCCGGGGUCAUGGACGUCGACCACGUGGACGGAGACGCGUCACCCAAGGGGGCGCGGUACCGCGGCGUGCGGCGCCGGCCGUGGGGCCGGUUCGCGGCGGAGAUCCGGGACCCCAUGUCCAAGGAGCGGCGCUGGCUCGGCACCUUCAACACCGCUGAGGAGGCCGCCUGCGCCUACGACAUCGCCGCGCGCGCCAUGCGCGGCAACAAGGCGCGCACCAACUUCCCGGUCCACGCCACCGCGGCGGCCUACUGGGCGUGGGGCGCGCCGCAUGCGGCGGCAGGCGCGGGCCCGCUCGACCCCAUCCUGGUGCACAACCUCCUCAUGAGCUCCUCCCACCACGGCUGCCGCCUGCUCCACCACGCCGGCCACGGACACCCCUCCCCUGCCCGGCCUCCCACGCCGGCGCCGGCGCCGGCGCCACCUCCCCCCGCCUCGGCGUCCCGUGCCAGGGCCGCGCCUUCAGAGACGCCGUCCCCUGCCGUCGCCUCGCCUCCCGCAGCACCGCCCGGGGACAUGGACGUCUGGGGCCGCGUCCUGCGAAGCGGGCCACCGGACGCGGGUCUGCUGCAGGACGCGCUGCACGGCUUCUACCCGGGCAUGCUGCCGCGCAUGGAGCUGCGCGGCGCCGACGCGGUGACCGAGGAGCAGGAUCGGCACGAGGCGCUUGCCGUGGCUUCUCCAUGCGCGGGCAUCGACGCCGACGAGGACGGCCUGAUGCCGCAGGGUCUACUCGAGGACAUGAUCCAGUACCGGGCGUUCCUGGACGUGGUGGCCGCGCCGCCCGCCGCCACGCGCCGCGGUCGCCGGCAGGGCUGA